AAGAUGGAAUGGAAAAGUAUGAGUGAAGUUAGUGAUAUUUAGUAUUGUUCACACUGUGACAAACAUUUAUUAAAUAACAACACUUUUGCAGAAUGUGAACGUUUUGCAUCUUCAGUUGAUUUAGAAAAUGGCGACGUCUUUGCUACCAAAACAUACGUCUGACUACAAUGAUGAUGGCUUAAGUGAGGAUGUGGAUGAUGGCUUAGGUGAGGAAGUGGAUUCCGCUGUUCAGCCAAUCAUUUCCCUCGUUAUUGCCAACGUCGGUGGUCCCAGUGUAGGGCCUGGAACAGCAGAUAAACGGAAGAAAGGUAUAGCUGAAUUUCUGAAAGAAUUUCAACCUAAUAUUGUGCUUCUCCAGGAGUUUUCCUGGAGCGGAAUAACUGGCUCAGCUUGGAGGAAUGUAACUAUUCCUGAGAAGUACGAAUACACCGGGAAUAACGAGGCUAGCAUUUUGUUCGAUAAAAAUGAAUUCAUUGUGGAGUUUCCUGGCCAGAAAGAAUUACAGAGCCUGCUUGAUGAAAUGAUUCGCAAAGUACAGCUUCCUAUAGGUUUUACUCCGUUAUCAAGAAUGUGCAUUCGAAUCAUUCAAACCAAAGGUGUCCCAGAUAUGAAAUUCCUUUGCGUUUCUUGGCAUGGUCGACGAAAGGGAAAAAUGACAGAACUGAUCAUGGAGCUAAAAAAUUUGCUAAUUUUCAUCGAAACAUUCAGCAAUAACAAGGACCUACCGUUCAUUAUUGCCGGCGAUUUUAAUAUUUCUCUUGAAGAAGCCGUGAAGCUCGUACAGAGUCCCCAUGUCAUUUAUAAGUAUCAGCCGCUAAGAAGGGAAGGGGGCAAAAUAAUAGACUUUUUCAUAGGAUCAGAAUUGUUACCAUUGGAUAAAAUGUCUGCGAUAGACUGGGAGAAGGUGGACAGUUCCAUAGAUGCUCUCAAAAUAUUUGAUCAUGAUCCGAUUUACGCUCAGAUUGGGCGUACUUUACCAAAGAAGAUUCCUGACCCCUCAACCUCUAAGCAGAAAUCGGCACAGCAGCCGCUUUCCAGUCGGGUGAAAAAACAAACUGGAAAGACUCGGUCCAGAAAAGCCAGUGUGUGACAAACAAUGAUGUAAGCCUAACUUAACCAACACUGAUAAAAGUUCAUGAAAAAUAGAAACUCCAAUAUCAAAUUGAUCUGCAAAGCAUACGUCAUUGUUUGACAGUUAGGUGUGACUUGUAUCACCUGGCCUACUGAACGUCCACACUAUCGAUAAAUUUGUUAUUAGUACUGUUAUAGUAUUUAUUUAUCUAUUUUAUUAUCUUAUUCAGGUAUCAGGAAUUUGACUCAGGACUCACAAGAAUUAACGAAAAUUCAUUUUUAUAUAGUAUUUGUUGUUUUUCAAAUGUAUAGGAACAUCAUAGUAUUACCAUAGUAAUAUAUAAAUGUAUUCACUUUACUGAUAUGUUAGUUAACCGCUAUAUCUAUAUUUAUAUAUUUUAUUUUAAUUUAUACAUUAUAUGAACUGUGUAUACAAAAUAAGCCAGUAUCGUCAUCAAUAUCAAAAAUUGGGUUCAACUUUAGAAGUGUUCCUUUAACAGACAGUACAUAGGAUGAAAACGCCAAAUCGAACAACUGAUCAGGUUUACUUCAAAUAAGUUAGUUUUGUUAAUUUUUUUUUAUAAGCAGAACAUAUAUUUAUUGAGUGCUGACGAAGAUCAUAUUGUAACUAGCAUUGCCAUUCAAGAAUAAGAUGGAAAUAUUUAUAUUUUACUAUCAGUAGCAUAACAAUAAAAUACCCAUAAUGGUGUU